AUGCCUACCGAGAAGAAAACCCCGAAAAUAUCUUUACUCGAGUGUGGACAUCCAGACUGCGGUGGCAGGAAGUUCAGCGAUCAGUCGAAUUUCAACAGACACCAGAAAAGCGUCCACGGCGACGAGGUCCUGAUGUAUUGCGGCAACUCCAUCAGAGAUCGCUCUGAUAACAUAAAGCGGCAUCAAAAGAACUGUGGAGUUUGUAAGCAAACCCUGGGGACACCUCAGAUCGCUGUUGGCAACGAAUCUGGGCCAGAGAUAACGUCCAAUGUCAACAUUCAGGGCGCUGAACCUCAGUACGCCGGCGUCCCACAAAACAGCUAUCAGCAACUCUGGAUGCAACCCUUUCAGGAGGGCCAACAGCAUGGCUAUCGCGACGGCUGGCAGACCGGCUGGCAAUACGGCCAGGAUGCCUACCAGUCCGGCUACACGUAUGCCUACCAGUAUCUCCAGCAGAGCCAACAGCAGACUACACAGCCACUGGACGGUCUUCAGCAAAACUACCAAGGCGGCUACCAGACUGGUUACCAGCUUGGCUACCCGGAAGGCUACUAUAAUGGGUACUACCAGAGUCAUUAG